UAAGAGCGCCCUGCGUUGGACUCGGGAAGUUGAGUUCACUUGCGGCGAACCUGACUGCGUCAUGCAUCUGUUAACGCACAUCUGAGAGUAGAGACUGAAAUAAUUUUCGAUUUAUACUGCUGCAGACUAUUUACCAGGACUAGUUCAAUAUAAAAAGUUGCAGAAAUGGAUAAAGAAAAGGCUUCUGCACUGAAAGAUGCUGGCAAUGCUGCACUCAAUGCUGACAAACCAAAGGAGGCAAUUGAGAAGUAUUCUGAAGCCAUUAAGCUGGACCCAGAAAACCAUGUACUUUUUAGCAACAGAUCUGCUGCUUAUGCAAAAUUAGAAAACUACACUGCUGCUCUUGCUGAUGCUGAGGCUACAGUGAGACUAAAGCCUGACUGGCCAAAAGGGUAUUCCCGCAAAGGGGCUGCACUGGUGUACCUCAACCGACUGGAUGAGGCUGAGGAGGCCUAUGAGGCUGGACUCAAACUUGAGCCCAACAACCAGCAACUUAAGAGUGGCCUCAGUGAGUGCAAGGCCAAGGCAUCACGAAGCUUCAGCGGUGGCUUUGGGGGCAUGCCAGGCGGCCUCAAUCUGGGCUUUGACAAUCCCAACCUGAUUGCUAAGCUCGCCACAAACCCUCGCACCCGUGAAUUCCUCAGUGACCCGUCUUACAUUCAGAUGAUAAAUGACCUCAAGAACGAUAGUUCCAAGAUUGGACAAUAUUCGUCUGAUAAGCGGCUCAUGGCAACACUUGGUGUGAUGCUGGGUGUAGAUAUUCCUGGUGGUGGUGAUGACGAUGAUGGUGAAAUGUUUCCUUCUGAACCUUCACCUCCACGCUCUGCCCCCAAGAAGCCCGAAGAACCACCUAAGCCAGAGAAAAUGGAAGUGGAUGCAACUCCAGAGCAGCUUGAGGCCCGGGCCGAGAAGGAAAAGGGCAAUGCUGCUUACAAGAAAAAAAAUUUCGAGACCGCCAUCACGCACUACGAAAAGGCUAUUGAAAUUGAUCCCACCGAUAUGACUUUCCUCACUAACCUGGCAGCGGUAAAAUAUGAGCAAAAAUUGUAUGAAGAAUGCAUCAGCGUUUGCGAGAAAGCUGUCGAAGUUGGAAGAGAAAACCGUGCAGAUUUUAAACUGAUUGCCAAAGCUCUCACUCGCAUUGGCAACGCGUACAAGCAGCUCAAGAAUCUGGAGAAGGCCAAGUUAUACUAUGAAAAAUCAAUGUCCGAGCACCGAACUCCUGAAGUCAAAGACAUGCUUAGCAAGGUCACUGCCGCAAUCAAGGAACAAGAACGCCUCUCGUACAUCGACGUAGAAAAAGCUGAAGAAGAGCGUCAGAAAGGCAACGAAUUUUUCAAGAAGGGCGACUUCCCCACCGCCAUCAAGCACUACACUGAAGCUGUGCGACGCAACCCCAAUGAUGCCAAAAUCUUCAGCAACAGAGCGGCUUGCUACAGCAAACUGGCCGAGUUCAGCUUGGGCAUGAAAGAUUGUGACGAGUGCAUCAAGUUGGAUCCUACUUUCAUCAAAGGUUACAUCAGAAAGGCAAAGAUACAGCAAGGACUGAAGCAGUUCUCACAGGCUCAGGAGAGCUAUCAUAGAGCACUUGAAGUUGACCCUAACAACCAUGAAGCCCUGGAGGGGCUCAGAGAGUGCGCUAUGGCCGCCAAUAGUGAUCCCGAGGAGAUCAGAAAACGUGCCAUGGCUGACCCUGAAGUGCAGCAAAUUCUCCGGGAUCCUGCCAUGCGUCUAAUCCUCGACCAGAUGCAGAACGACCCCAAAGCUCUGCAGGAUCAUCUCCAAAAUCCCGACGUGUCCGCGAAGAUACAGAAGCUGAUGCAAGUUGGUCUCAUCGCCAUCCGGUAAUGGCGAGACUGUGGUGGUCGACUGUUCCAUGCGUAGAUGAGUUCACUUGAAGAUUGGUUCGCGAAAUGAUCUAGCAGUUAAUGAUCUCUCACAAUCUGCUCUGAAUUGGGGAAAAUCUUCCAUUUCAUCCCUGAUAAGUUCUUAACCAGAUCUAUACAAUAUGAACUGCAUACUGUUCCGCUUAACCCUCUCUGUACAAGAGGAACGUUAUAGUUGAUUGAAUUGAUUCCAAGCAAGCCUUGUGUCGACGUUUUGUUACUUCAUCUUUUUUGUCAAUCUGUGCGUUCUUCUGUUGCAUGCAAGUCAAUAGUACUUGAGUAACUCCUGGCGUGAGGGAGCAGUUGCGUUCAAAUGUAAGAUUUAUUCCCUGUGUUGUUUUAAAUGUAAUAACGAGUGCUACUCUAAAAGUC